AUGGUGGCUUCUGCUCAAAUGAUUCGCACCUUUGAUAUAAACAGUGAAGCUCUGAUCCCAGGACAAGUAGGAUUAGAGUUGAUCGAUUCAGAUGGUGGUUUCUGCGUGAGGGAUUUGUACCUAGAAGAGAUUGGUGAUGGAGAAACUUUGAUAGCAAGGGUGAAGGUAUCCAAAAAGAUUGCCUCGAAGUUCUUAGAAGACAUCAAGCAGGAUGACUCUAAGAUGUGGGAUGAUGGUUGGUUUUGUUGCUCGGUUGCCUAG